GUUUGUGGAGUCCUUAUAAGCCGGUUUGUGAAGACUUUGAAACGAAAGUUCGAUGCUUUGAGACUCUUGUCGAAUUUAUCUUCUCUUGUCGUUGAUUCUUAGGAUCUAUUGUUCUACAGGCUGAGCCAUGCGGAGAUACAGUCCUCCAUACUACAGUCCUCCAAGGAGAGCAUAUGGAGGUCGAGGAAGAAGCCCCCCUAGAAGGGGUUAUGGCGGCGGUGGUGGUGGUGGCGGCGGUGGCGGUGGUGGUGGAUAUGGAAGACGCAAGGAGCAGAAUAAUGGUAGCCUUCUAGUUCGAAACAUUCCUAUGGAUUGCAGACCAGAAGAACUUAGAGUUCCAUUUGAAAGAUUUGGGCUAGUCAGGGAUGUUUAUCUUCCAAAGGACUAUUACUCAGGGGAACCUCGUGGAUUCGCAUUUGUGCAGUUUGUUGAUCCUUAUGAGGCAGCAGAAGCUCAGUAUCACAUGAACGGGCAGAUAUUUGCUGGUAGGGAGAUAUCUGUUGUGGUUGCUGCAGAGACAAGGAAAAGGCCUGAAGAGAUGCGCCAAAGAACUGGGGUCAGGGGGCCAUCAGGCUAUGGAGGACGGAGAUCAUCUUAUUACGCGCGCUCUCGGUCUCGCUCAGUAUCACGUUCACGCUCCCCCCGGUAUCCUUCUAGUUCUAGAAGGCGACAUCGCUCAAGGUCCUAUUCUCCUGCUCCCAGAAGGCGAGCUGAGUCAGGUGAUUACUCUGUUUCCCCAAGUAGAAGGCAUGCAGACCACCCAAGAUCACCAAGAAAUCUUUCACAAGAACGAGAUGGUGGCCACAGUCGUAGGUCAUAUUCUCCAGGUUAUAAUGGUGCUGCUGAUCAAAAGCAAAAUGGCAAUGGGAAAUCUGCGUACGUGUCUGAUGAAGAACAAGCUCACAGGAGGUCACCACCAGGACCAGCGUCAAGAUCGCCUUCUGGAUCAAGAUCAAGGUCUGCUGAUAUGUCACCUAGGUACAAAAGAUAAAAAUCAAGGUGGAGACUACAGUUGUGGUGAUGUGCAAUUGUGGAAAGAAGCUGAAAUGUCUUGUAUAUCUUAAAUACUUUCAGGAUUUAGAUUCGAAUUGGUUUGAAUUUUAGUUUUCAACCAUAUUUUGGUUUUAACUUUGCCAUUUAAAUGCUGUAGAGUUCUAAUCUUUAACUUGAAUCGGCGAAAGUAUCCGGUUUGCUGAUGUGGUGUUUUGGUCAGGAUCGAUACAUGGUUCUGCAGUCUGCUCUGUUUUGAACAUUUUCUUAGUAAUUGGAUAAUUGUGGAACUUUUGAGAAA